GCAGGCCACCUCUCCGAAGACGGCUGCCAGCGAUGCGUCCUGGCAAAACGCUCUAGUCCAGGCGCAUGGCAGCGGCUUGGAGCAGCCUGAAUCCGUGCUCCGUGAGCUCACAAAUACCCAAAGGAAAUAGCUCGAGAGUACCUCCGAGAAGCGCUUACUUCACCGGUCCAUUCGUCCUGCCUGCGUUGAUUAGAGUUUAAGAGAGCAGCCAAGGGAGAAGCUUUUUGGCUGAGAGCACAACUGAACAUAAACCAUGCCGGUGGGCGAUGCGAUCCCAGAAGGGGCCAGGCGCGCCGCGACGCCGCAAGCCGUGCGCGAGUGGAUGGAGCAGGUGAGCCAGCAGUUGGCCCGCGACGAACGGCGCCAGAGGGACGAGGCGCGCGAGACGAUACGGCGCCAAGAGGAAGCGCGCGAGACGCGCGAGACAUUAAGACGUAGACGCCCGGCGACGCGCAGCCAGACCGCAGCGACCGCGGCCCAGCCAGAAGAAGGAGACCAGUGCCGCAUCUGCUUCUCGGGGGCCGAGGACGGGAAGCUCAUCGCGCCCUGCAAAUGUGACGGCACCCAAAAGUACGUCCACGAGGAGUGCCUGCGGAAGUGGCAGCGGACGUGCGCCGGGACCCGCAAAGCAAAGUACUGCGGCGUCUGCCGCGCGCGGUUCGACCUCGCGCCGCCGGCGGAGCCCUGGUCCAGUCGCGGCUGGCGCUUCACGAAGUGGUUCCUGAGGCACACGGCGACGUUUGUGGUGGCUUUAUUAGGCACGGCGGCGGGUAUGGCGCGGCCGAUCGUACUCAUAGCGCCGAUGGUCGGCAUCGUGGUCUACUGGUUCUGCGCGAUCCGCAUCGUGCACCGCGGCGACGGGCGCGUGGCGAUCAUCCGCAACGGACGGCCGUUUCGCGGCGUCCGCGCGGGCCGGUUACUCAUCAGUAGGCACAUCGAGCACGGCGUAUUUGGCAACUCCGUCGUGUUGUUGACGGAGCACGAUCAUAGACGAGGGAGCUUCGGCCUGGUCAUCAACAAGCGGGAGUUCCGGGGGGUGGUCGAGCUGGACGAGCGACGGGAUGAUUUGAGGGGGUUCUUCGUGGGCCGAGGCGGUCCGGUGGACACGCGGGAGGCCGUGACCAUGCUCUAUAGGGCCCACUUGGGGCCGCCGCCGGGCAUGGCCCACGGGCCGGUUGUCGGAGAUCUACCGGAGGGCGUGCGCGGCUGUUCCUUCGUCGACGGAGAUUUGACGGGGGGCGACAUGUGGCGCGACGCGGACGCGGCGGCGGGCGUGUUGCUUGAGAGUGGCGCGCGUCCCCACGACGCCAUCUUCGUGACGGGCUACGCGGGGUGGGGCCGCAACCAAUUGGAUGGAGAGGUGCGCGCGGGCGCCUGGCGACUGGUGGACGCGGAGGCGGACUGGAUUUUCCCGGACAUCGACGAUAGGGCGGACCUCUGGGCGCAGCUCACGCGCGAGGCGGAGGAGCAGGCCGCGCCGGGGGCGAGAUAAUCUUUUUUGUGUA